GCCAAGGGCCUACUGAACACUGGACGUGUCAGUUUGAUGAGCGUUCAAGUCGUAGCUUCGCAAGCAUGAACCUCUCUCGCUCUCUCUUCAAGCCGCACGCACGCAUAUCGCUGCUUGCGCCACAUCAAUGUCAGACCGCCCGGGGUUCAUACAAGUGCUGGCUUACUGGUUUGUGCUACGCAUUGUUUCAAACAGUUCAUGUUCAGAUUUCUUCCACGCGUUACUCUUGCGAAAUCUGCUCUAACUGAACUCCCGUCGAAGAUUUUAUGUCAAUGAGGAAUGCCUUCGCCUUUGCGACUAUCUACCGUCAUCGUGGCGCCUUGGUCUUUUCCAGAAGGGAAAGAUGUUGCUUUGGUAGUUCGAUGAAUUUGCUGGAAUUGGAUUGUGUAUAAUAGCUGAGUUUUUCAGCUUCUGGAGGAAUGCGUUGUUCUGACCUUGAGUUGCAGCAUGAGAGUGCGACUGAAGUCAUCUUGCGCCAAUGCAUGCCACUGAGAUAUCUGAAAGACAUUGAGGUUGCCGGGAGAUCAGAUGUUGGCUGGUUGCCAUCUUGCUUGUUGCAUCAAAAUUUGUAUUCAACUGGCUUCACCAGUGUGCAUGGCGACAAGCCAUCUGCUGAGUAUGCAAAGCUCAGGAGAGAAUCCCUAGAAAGUGAAUUUGGGCUUGCUCUUGGAACUUAUGGCUCCAAAACUUUCUCCACUGUCUAUCGAUUUGGCCCUUUUUUGGCUUUGUACAGGGCAGCAAUUAUUUCAUUUCAUGUGUUCAGGCUGGCAUUUUGGCAGCUCUUUGUUCAAGACAUAGAAAAGCGUGCAAUCAAGUUUCGCAAAACUCUAAUACGCUUGGGUCCCUUCUACAUUAAGCUUGGCCAGGCUUUGAGCACUAGGCCUGACAUACUACCAACUGUAUACUGCCAAGAACUUGCUAAGCUUCAGGAUCAAAUACCCCCAUUUUCGACUAAUGUUGCCAUCAGAUCUAUCGAAACCCAGCUAGGUGCCCCUGUUUCUGAGAUAUUUAGUGACAUUAGCCCAGAGCCUAUUGCUGCAGCAUCCUUAGGUCAAGUUUAUAAAGCUCACCUGCAUUCUGGAGAGCUGGUAGCUGUAAAAGUACAGAGGCCUGGCAUGUCACUUUCAUUAACCCUCGAUGCCUUGUUGUUCCAUAUGAUUGGUGGCCAAUUAAAGCGAUUUGCCAAAGCUCGUAGAGAUCUUAUUGUAGCAGUGAAUGAGAUAGUCAGGCACAUGUUUGAUGAAAUUGAUUAUGUCCACGAAGGAAAAAAUGCUGAGCGUUUCGCUUCUCUGUACAGCCUCCAAGCGACAGGUGGUAAUGAACAUGGUUACGGAGCUGGAGGAAUAAAUAAAAGUAGUCUCAAAGGAAUGAAACGCAUCAAAGUUCCAAAAAUAUAUUGGGACUAUACACGUACUACUGUGCUGACUAUGGAAUGGGUUGAUGGAAUUAAGCUUACUGAUGAAACACGCCUGAAGAAUGCUUCUUUGAACAAAAGAGAACUCAUUGACCAGGGAUUAUACUGCUCUUUGAUGCAACUGCUUGAGGUUGGAUAUUUCCAUGCUGAUCCACAUCCAGGAAACUUAGUGGCAAUGGAUGGUGGAUCACUGGCAUAUUUUGACUUUGGAAUGAUGGGGGAUAUUCCUAGGCAUUACCGGAUUGGACUUAUUCAAAUGCUUGUGCACUUUGUUAAUCGUGAUUCUCUGGGUUUGGCAAAUGACUUUCUUUCUUUGGGAUUUAUUCCUGAAGGAGUUGACAUAUACGCAGUUUCUGAUGCCUUGAAAGCAUCCUUUGCUGACCAAACCAGUCAAUCAAGAGAUUUCCAGGGAAUUAUGAACCAACUUUAUGAUGUUAUGUAUGAAUUUAACUUCUCCCUCCCGCCAGACUAUGCUCUAGUGGUAAGAGCACUGGGAUCACUUGAGGGCACAGCAAAAGUUCUGGAUCCUGAUUUUAAAGUCAUUGAGAGUGCAUAUCCAUUUGUCAUUGGGAGACUGAUAGCAGACCCAAGUCCUGAUAUGAGAAGAAUUUUGAGGCAACUUCUUAUUUGUAACAAUGGAGCUAUUAGGUGGAAUCGACUAGAGCGCUUGAUAGCUGCAAUAUCUGAGCAGGCUUCUGAGUCAACUGAAGACCCUGGUUCUGAGAAGUCUUCAAGUCCUUUGGGUUGGAAGUACUUUGACAUGCAUUCUGUUGUUGAUGCCACUGAAGAUCUUUUAUUGUUCCUUCUAUCAGACAAGGGUCUGAGAGUGCGUCUUUUCCUUCUUCGAGAUAUAAUAGAAGCAGCUGAUAUAUUCCUGCAAGAUGAAGUCAUCGAUCACUUGUUAAAGGAGAAACCUCUGGGCCAAAGCAGAUUGCUAUUUGAGGAGCGUGUUGUUCUCAAUAGGAUUGGAAAAGGCUUUCAGUACUUUAAUGAUGUGAUUAGGUUGGCGCCAGAUGAGUGGACAGCUAUGCUUCUGCGGAUGGCAGUGAAACCUGAUGUCCACAAAUUUACUAUAGACAUUAUUUCAGCUCUAGCUUAUCAUUUUAACCAGAGACUGCGAGAAGCGUCUUGGCUUUAUUUAUCAAAACUUCUCCACAAAUUGAAGUAGAGGUACAUCUGUUAGCCUGUAGGAAUUAAAAGUGAGCAGAUGUCCUCACAGGUCUUGGUCUCAAUUUUUUUCUUGUAGCUGGUUUAAAAGCUUAUGAAGAAAAUAAAAUUUCUAGAACAAUCUAAAUAUAGAUUAAUAUCGAUAAACAGGUCAAAAGUCGUCUUUCUUGAAAAAUGUAAGAAAAAGACCUUUCGUUAGAAGUUCGAAAAAGUCUGCCACCCAGAAAAAGGAAAUCAAGUGAUUUCUUCUUUGUUUUCCUUUCAUUUAUAGAUUAGUCUUGCCAAUUGAGCAAAAUGGAUGGUGAAAGGGGUUCAUUCUUUUCUGGCUAUUGGAUUCUUUUUCGAACAUAAUUUUUUCAGCAAUAUUUUUUUAAUAUUUUGAUGUGUGGUUGUGUUAACAUGUAUUGAUAGUUUAUUCGGGAAAAGAUGGGUUGAUAGAGAUGUUAAGUUAAUUAUUAUCUAGGAAUGAAAGGAAUGCAUAUGUGGUGCCGAGUAACAUUUUUUUGUUGAUGAAUAUUUCAUUAAAUAACUUGAACGGGAUGUUUUCCUGGAAGAGUUCUGGUUGGUG